AUGGGAUUGAUUUCGAGACUCUGGAGGCUUGGAAAGUCUGAUUUCAAAUCAACUAAUGAUAAACUGGACUACACCAAAUGGAACAAAGAUCAGCUUAUUGGUAAAAUAAUUGACUUGGAGGGUGAAAGAAAGCGCAAAGUUGAAGAAGAGAGCCGGGAGCAUGGAGUGCCUGCGCCCAAAAAACGCAAACCCAGUAAGACCGAUCUGAGGAAGCGAAAGAAAAAGGAUAAACCCUUUGACUUCACGAAGUAUAAUACCAGAUUCAUUGCCCUCAAAUUUGCAUAUCUCGGGUGGAACUACAAUGGUCUUGCCAUACAAAAAGAGCCUACUCCUUUGCCCACCGUAGAAGGGACCAUUCUGCAAGCGAUGAACGCUUGCAAGCUGGUGCCUUCCAUGACACCACAGGAGUAUAAAUUCAGUAGAUGUGGAAGGACCGACAAGGGAGUCAGCGCAAUGAAUCAGGUCAUAUCCCUGAGGGUAAGGUCCAAUUUGACUGAGGAAGAGCAGCUGGAGAAGAGCUUGGAUUGUAAAGAAAUUAAUUACGUCCACAUUUUGAAUCAGAUACUCCCCGACGACAUCCGCGUCUCCGCAGUAUGUUUGCGUCCGCCGGAAGGUUUUGAUGCCAGAUUUAGUUGUCAGCAUCGCCAUUACCGGUAUCUUUUUAGCGGCAGUGGUCUCGACAUCGAAAAAAUGGAAAAGGCGGCGUCUUUGUUCGAGGGGGAACAUGAUUUCAGAAACUUCUGCAAGCUAGACGGCUCUAAGCAGAUCACGAACUACAAGAGAACGAUAAAAAGGUCGUCAAUACUGAAGCUCAAUCAUGAUACUUAUUGUCUUGAUUUGAUCGGUUCGGCAUUCUUGUGGCAUCAAGUGCGUUGCAUGAUGGCAAACCUCUUUCUGGUCGGCCAAGGGCUAGAGAACGUUUCACUCAUAAGCGACAUGCUAAAUGUGCAGGCGGUAACACAUAAACCCAUAUACGAUAUGGCCAGCGACAUACCUCUGAUACUAUAUGACUGCAGCUUUCCAGAAAUGGAAUGGAUCGCUACUGAUCGUACUGACUUCAAGUCUUUGCAGUCCAACAGAAGAGUAUAUUCUCUGGCGUUGGAUUACAAGUUGAAGUCCUCUAUUGCUGAUAUUUUCGCAAAUGUUCUGUCUGUCGAUGAAGCCGAUCUAGGUGGUAGAACAAGAAUUAAUGUCGGUGACGGGAAGGGCAAAGUUGUUACAAAUUAUGAACAUAUGUUACAAAGAAAGGUUAUGGACUCUGUUGACACUGUCAACGAGAAAUUUAAAAAGAGGAAAUCAUCCAAAUAG